CCGCUUGCUGCAGUCACAUCGUUCGCUAGCACGGGUCAAAGUUAUCCCGGAAUAACGCUAGCACGCAUGUGCUGUCAACCCGGAUGUAGAAUUAUACCCGUUCUUCCGACCUCUGGCUCUGUUUAUGAUUUCACAUUCUAAACGUCAACACGAAUUAGUGAAUUCAGAGGCUAUCUAUCCGUUAUGUGUCAAUAAUAGAGGGGCUAGACUGGUCUGGUCCGGGUCAGGAUCCGAAGAGGCAGUCUUGACAGAUCACCAGGUGAAAGCUGGACUAGGCUGCAAAUGUUUUAAAAUUAAAUUAGCUUGUGACUAGUUUCAAUGCUCAUAGCUAGCCAUCGUGAUAUAUGGUGGUGGCCUAUUAUGACCGUUUAAAUAGACAUAUUUCACUUAUUUCUUACAGCAUCGUCCUGCUGCAGCCAGGUUUUUGUUUGGGUUUAGGAAAUCUCGAGCAUACGAUGCUUUGGCUACUGAGAAGUUGGACUUCUUGAAGUUAGUUGGUUGCCCUAAUCCAUGAGUUUGUAGGCUAAUCGUAAACAUGGAUUUUCGAAGUAACAAAAAGUAUGAACGUGGAAGCAACUGGUCCCAUCCAGAAGUGGCUGAAUUAUUGCAGCUCUGGGCAGACGAGUCGGUCCAGAUUGAACUGGAGAGCUGUCUGCGUAAUCAACACGUCUUCAAUCGCAUUGCUGAAAUAUUGCAUAGGAGGGGUAUUUUCCGCACGGGGGACCAAUGCAGGGAGAAAAUAAAAAAGAUGAAACUGGAGUACCGUCGCAUUAAAGAAAAUCAAAACGGAAGCGUUCGUGGUGGUAGAGCGUGGAAGUUCUAUGAAGUUAUGGAUCGCGUCCUGACGAACCGACCAUCCAUGUCCUCUUACGCAUCAGGAGGAGGAGGAGCCGGGGUUGGUGUGAUGGCUCACCAGCUGCUGCCAGGAGCGGGUUAUUCGGACGCAUACAUCCACGGCCUGCCAACAGCAGCAUUCGGGUCUCCAACGCAAAGCUCCUAUUUGUUCAGUCACCCCCCAAAACCUGGUGACUUGCUGGAGAUCAAAAGCGAGGACAUCAACUCAGAGGAUGGGCUGCUCAGCUCAGGUGCCCCCGCGGAGCUGCUGUACCACAUCGGCUCAGGUGACGAGCCUGAUGCUGACAGUAAAUCAGUGGGCGCCGACAUUGAAGACCCGGUGGAGACUGAAAGAGCAGAGGGCGUUCUUCACGCUCGACUGUCUCCCUCAGGGUUGAGCGACCAGAACAUGGCUGGUUCUUCAGGCACAGGCAUAUCUGUGCAAGAUGGUGUUGGCAGCAGCGGUGGCAUUGGGGGAGGUGGGGAGAGAGAGGACAGGCCCAGGUCAUAUGACCAAGGCAGCGGUGGUGGUGGCAGCCUGAAAGGCCCAAACUCCGGUCGUCAGCGCAAGAGGCGACGUGUAGGCAGGGGUAUGUGUGGUGGUGGUGGUGGUGGAGGAGGAGGAGGGUGCAGGCGUGCCAUGGACGAGGCCCUGCUCAGCUUCUUCUCCUGGCAGCGGGCAGCUGAGGAGAGACUCCUGUCCCUGGAGGAGGCGCGAAUGGAGAGGGAGACACGGGCAGAGGAGCGGAGGGAGCUGCUGGAGGAGAGGCGUGCCGAGCAGGAGCGUCAACAUGAGCUGCGGGUCCUAUCGCUCCUAGCUGGGGCCUUGGGAGGAGGAGGUGGUGUUGGUGGAGGAGCAGGGGUCAGAGCUGAGGGUCUACUUUCCACCCCAAUGGCAGGUCUGUCUCGGGAGCCCACCUCUACCACUGCUGGAGGUCCCACUCCCACUGCCCGCCCUGUCACCUUGUCUUCCUCCUCCUCCUCUUCCUCCUCGUCUGCAGCCCUCUCCUGCUCACUCAGAGGCGCGGACGCCCCGGGACACAGCAUCUAUCUCUCUCGCCGUGGCAACCGCAUCCGCCAGCACCAGGGCAUUCUUCAGGAAGGAUACACGCAGUACCAUGCCAAUAAGUACAGCGAGGACAACCCCAAUGGCAUUAUCAAUAUGGGGACCAGUGAGAACAAGCUGUGCUACGAUCUUCUACACAAACGGCUUAGCCAGCCUGACAUGGUCUGCCUAGAGCCGUCCCUGCUUCAGUAUCCAGACUGGAAAGGCCAUCUGUUCCUCCGAGAGGAAGUAGCUCGCUUUCUCACAGAGUACUGUCACUCUGCGGAACCCCUGAAGGCCCAGAAUGUGGUAGUGAUGAAUGGCUGUGGCUCUCUCUUCUCUGCCGUCGCAGCAGUGCUAUGUGACCCAGAAGACGCCAUCCUCAUUCCCACGCCCUUCUAUGGGUGCAUCACGGAGGAUGUCCAUCUCUACAGCAGUGUUCACCUCUUCCACGCACACCUGAGUGCUGAGCCAAGCGGUAGUGCCAACAGACCUUUUCAGCUGACAGUCGAUGUUCUGGAAACUGCCCUCGCCAAAGCAAAGAAAGAGGGUGUAAAUAUCAGAGCGGUCAUACUGGUAAACCCCCAUAAUCCAUUGGGGGAGAUGUACUCCUCGGAAGAGAUGAUGGACUUCCUGGAAUUUGCUCGAAGGCACGAGCUCCAUGUCAUAGUGGACGAGGUCUACAUGCUGACGGUGUUCGAUGAGGCCACGUCCUUCCACAGUGUCCUCGGUCUUGACAGGUUGCCAGAUCCACAGAGGACCCAUGUACUGUGGGGCUUGAGCAAGGACUUUGCCAUGGCUGGCAUCCGCGUUGGCACGCUCUACUCUCCGAACCGGCACCUCGUGGAGGCUCUGGACCAGCUGGGCUGCUUCCACGGCGUGCCAGGCCCCGUGCAACAGCAGGUGGCCCGUCUGCUACAGGACAAGGUCUGGAUCAGUGAGGAGUACCUGCCCACCUGUAGGGGGCGCCUGCGGGAGGCUCACGGCUUCUUGGUGGAGGAGCUGAGGAAGAUGAACGUGCCCUUCCUCCACCGGCCCGUCGGCUUCUUCAUCUGGGCCGACUUUAGCCAGUUCCUCUCGGAGGUGUCGUUUGCUGCAGAGCUGGAGCUGUGGCGUGUGUUCCUGAGGCAUCGCGUGGUGCUCAGCUGUGGUCAGGCCUUCUCCUGCUCCAGCCCCGGCUGGUUCCGCAUCGUCUUCACCGACCAGCACACUCGCCUGCAGAUCGGCAUGCAGCGGAUCAAGAAGGCCCUGGAGGAGUUGAAGAAGUCACCUAGCGACAUCAGGGAAUCAAAACCACCAGUGCCAUCCGACCAGACAACCAGCUGCACAGGCACCGGUAAGGGUCAGAAGGAGCCCACAACCGACACAGCCAAGGACAGCCCCACGCAUAAGGCACUACCACCAUCACCACCACAACCACCAGACGGUGGGUCAGAGAGGUCUCUGCUGCAGGACUGUACAGACAAGCUCAGCCCUGCCACCGCAGCAGACGGUGGAGAUGGAGAUGGAGAUGGAGACACAGACAAUGCUGUCUGUCUGGAUGCCGAGGAACUCGUGGUGCUCGAGUGCCAGAGCCAGAGUCAGCAUUCGGGGGAAAAACUGGACAGCCUCAUCGGAGAGCUGCGCCAGCAGAUCCGCUCCUCCGAUUGGCUGGAGAAGAACACUCCGGAACUGUCGGCCGGCGAGGACCCCGAGCUGCUGGAGGUGUUCAAAGACUUGCUGGAGAGAGCCAGGAAGUAAGCAGGGGAAACAUGAUCCAGGAAAGAGAGAGACAGAGAGAGAGGAUGGGAGAGAGAGGUGGUGGUGGGGGGGGGUGAGAGAGGUGGAGAGGGAUGAGCCAACCAAGGACAGCAGCGAGCAGAAAGCUGGCUGGCUGGAUGCCUUCUGCUUCAACUCACUGCUGUGGGACACCAAAGAGAUUGGCCCAGUCUGAAAUCUACUACAGCCACUCUAUUCACACUACACUACACUUCUGCACUAUAAUAAUAAUAAUAAUAAUAAUUGUAUUUGUAUAGCACUGUGUCAUACAAGGCAUGUAACUCAAAGUGCUUAACAAAUGGGAAAAAACAUUGUUAGAGAUAGAUUUAAAAGGAGAGGUAUAGAGGAGAGGCAGAAAAAGCAGGAAGGCAGAGGAAGAAGAGAUAGACAGAGAAUGUAGAGUCAUAAGGUCAACGUAGGUUAGGACCAGGAUUCUUAGAUGUGUAAGGUCCAUAGUGGCUGGGCCUAUCAUAAGUCAUAGAUAGUCACACAGAGAUUGGGCGCUCAGGUGCGGCCCCUGGUGGCAUCAGGGGUGAGGAAAAACUCCCUUUCGCUUGAUUCAUAGUUUGUGAGGGGGAAAAAAAAGCGAAUGUUCACCCAUCCAGUACAUAGUCAAUGUAGGAAUCAAAAUGGUGUCAUUCCCCACCCUAUGCAGUUUACUAUGAAGUGAAAGAAUGAGCAUUCGGGACAUGGUCAUGGGUUUGGUACAGAAAGCCAAUGUAUGACCUAAUGUCACUGAUUUCACAAUGAAAGGUGAUGUUGAGAAACACAGUUGCCAACCACAUAAUCUUGCCUUCAGUCUUAAGCUUGUUUUUCCUGUCAUGUGUAAUGUUCACCCAUGCCAUUAAUCAGUCACACUUACAUUUCAUCUUCAUGUCUUAAGUUGGGCGUUUGUCGCCUAGGCCUUGUUUGUAGUUUGGGUUCAGGCCUAGGAAGCAAUUGUUUACUAUGCAGAUGUCACAAAAAUGAUGACAUUUUGCCAGAGCUAGCACUUUCUACUCUUCCUUCCUAUUCAUUGUCUGAGCUGUGUUUUGACAUUAACUCUUCAUUAUUAUGUAAGUCUAGGGAUAUGGUUUGGCUAAGCAUUGAACACAAGUUUGGCUAAACAUUAAACACAACACAAGUAAGGAAAAGAUUCUUUUAAAUAAUUUCUUUAAGCCGAGCUUUUUAAAAGGACAGUAUUAACUGCAUACUGUAUGUUCCUGUUGCUCCUCUUGUUUUAAAAGCACAACCAACAGCCAAUAAACACCCAUUAUCCAAUGAAGCCUAAGUAAAUGGUAUUUUCCCAGUGAGAUCUCAACACUGCUGGAAACCCAAUUUACAAAUGAAGGGCUUUUUUAUUAAACAAAUGUGAAAUGGCCUCCAAAAAUCACCCACGGUGGUCUGGAUUACACAGAAUGCUAAAUGUGAAAACCACCCACGGUUAUUUUAGUAAUAAUUGUUGUACACAACACAUCAUCUGCACACAGGACCUGUGUUAUGGUCGUGAAAUGGAAAUGAAAUGUCCAACCACCCUGUAAUAGUAUGUGCAUAUGUCUAAAAAUCUGUUUCAAAACAUUAAACAUUUCAACACUU